UCCUUCACCUGUUGCUGGAGUUUGAAAGAUGACCUCUCGGAAGAAAGUGUUGCUGAAGGUGAUCAUCUUGGGAGAUUCUGGAGUUGGUAAGACAUCACUCAUGAACCAGUACGUGAACAAGAAAUUCAGGAACCAGUACAAAGCCACAAUAGGAGCAGACUUUCUGACCAAGGAGGUGAUGGUAGAUGACAGGCUAGUUACGAUGCAGAUCUGGGACACAGCAGGGCAGGAACGGUUCCAGUCUCUCUGUGUAGCCUUCUACAGAGGUGCAGACUGCUGCGUUCUGGUAUUCGACGUGACCGCCCCCAACACCUUCAAAACGCUUGAUAGCUGGAGAGAUGAGUUUCUCAUCCAGGCCAGUCCCCGGGAUCCGGAAAACUUCCCCUUUGUUGUGUUGGGAAAUAAGAUCGACCUCGAAAACAGACAAGUGGCCACAAAGAGGGCACAGGCCUGGUGCUACAGCAAAAACAACAUUCCCUACUUCGAAACCAGUGCCAAGGAGGCCAUCAACGUGGAGCAGGCCUUCCAGACGAUUGCACAGAAUGCACUUAAACAGGAAACGGAGGUGGAACUGUACAAUGAAUUUCCGGAACCCAUCAAACUGGACAAGAACGACCGGGCCAAGACCUCCGCAGAAAGCUGCAGCUGCUGAAGAGGCAGUGAGAGUAGAGCACAGAGUCUUCACAACAAGAACACACUUAGGCCUUCAGACACAAGCCCCUCUCCUCUCCUA